AUGACCGCUGCUGAGAAGAAGAAGGCGAAGAAGGAGCGCGAGCGGCAGGCCAAACUCGACAAAUCGAAGAAAGAGGAUGCUGAGCUUAAUGCCAUUCUCGCUGAGCUGGGCGAUGCCCCUACUUCCGAAAACCCAAAGGAGCCGGAGGACACCAAAGGCGCAGAGGCUGUCCCCAUGACUGCUGCCCAGAAGAAACGCGCGAAGAAGAAGAAGAAGGCUACUGCGGACAAGGAGGAGGACAUUGAUGCGCUCAUGGCUGAGCUCGGAGGGCCGCCGGCGACUGCCGCACCCGAGCAGCAACCGGAGACUGCUGAGGCAGAUGUCGACGAUCUCUUGGCGGAGCUAGGUGGUGUAGACGUGCCUGUUGCAAAGAAGAAGGCGAAGAAGAAGAAGAAAAAGGGAGCUGCCAAGCCAGAGGAAGAUGGCGGUGAUGCACCUGCCGCUCCCACCGUCACUGAGACGAAAAAACCAAAGAAAAAGGAAUCUGCGGCGGUCCGGAGGAUGCGGGAGCAACGGGAGAGAAUGUUGGCAGAGGAAGAGCGGUUACGAAGGAUUCAAGAGGAGGAGGAGGCCAAAGCAGCUGAAGAGGAAGAGCAACGCCUGGUAGAAAUCAAGCGCAAGGAAGACGAGAAGGCUAGAAAGAAGGCCGCUGAAAAGGCUAAGCGCGAUCGGAAGAGGAAGGAGGGCACCCUGUUAUCGAAGGCAGAGAAGGAGCGCAGAAAAAAGCAAGAGAAAUUUCGUCAGCAGUUAUUGAGUUCGGGACAGAUCCCUGGCGCUGCAAAUCCGACGGACGGCGAGCAGGGACAGCAAAAGCCCACCAGAAUAGUUUAUGACAGGAAGAGAAAACCGAAAAAUACGAUUCAAGGGGCUCCUGCAGUGACUACUCCUGCGGAACGGCAACUCGAAGUAGAACCGAAUCUUCCAGGCACAGAAGAGAGCUUAGGAGAAAAGCAGAAGGAAAUCCCAGAGCCAAAACUAGAAGUUGUUCCAGAUGCCUGGGACGAAUUACCUGAUCCGGAGGAGGAGCCUAAGGAGAACGGCAACGUUGAUGGGAAUGCAGACGAAGUAACGGAAACGGCAGGUGACGAAGGGGAAGAAUCGGAGGAGGAUGACGAAUCCGAAGAUACUGAUUCCGAGUAUGAAGGAAUGACAAGGGCCGAGAUUGCCGCCGAGAAACGUCUUGACGCAGUCCGCAAAGCUCACGGCAAGGAGAAAGCACAGGCCCUUGCAUCUCGCACCGCGGAUCACUUGCGCUCUCCUGUGAUUUGCAUCUUAGGCCAUGUCGACACUGGGAAAACAAAAAUUCUGGAUCGCAUCAGGCGCACGAAUGUGCAAGAUGGGGAGGCAGGUGGCAUCACUCAGCAGAUUGGCGCUACAUACUUCCCGAUCGAUGCCGUCAAAAAAGAAGCGACCAAGCUGGCGGAAGGAAGGCAACUGGACUACAACGUCCCGUCUCUGCUCAUCAUUGACACACCUGGCCAUGAAUCGUUCACAAAUCUGCGUUCGCGUGGGUCUUCUCUCUGCGAUAUUGCAAUUUUGGUUGUAGAUAUCCUGCAUGGCCUGGAACCGCAGACUAAGGAAAGUAUUGGGCUUCUGAAGGCUAGGAAGACUCCGUUUAUUGUUGCUCUCAACAAGAUUGACCGAAUUUAUGAUUGGGAUGCACAACCGCAUAACUGCCCAACGCGAGAUUCUAUUGCAAAACAACCCAGGCAUGCCAGGGAAGAAUUCAUGAGACGAGUACGCGAUGCUCAACUUGAAUUUGCUGAAAUAGGUUUCAACACGGAAUUGUAUUGGGAGAACGAAGAUCCGCGGAAGACGGUUUCUCUCGUCCCGACAUCGGCAAUAUCAGGAGAGGGUAUUCCGGAUCUUCUGAUGUUGCUACUUGCGCUGCCUCAGAAACUUCUCACAGAUAGACUCAUGUUUAAUCCCCUCCUUGAAGCAACAGUCCUAGAAGUUAAGGUCAUCGAAGGUCUAGGCACCACAAUCGAUGUAAUAUUAACUGGCGGCACGAUAAGGGAGGGAGACACGAUUAUGGUUGUGGGUUUGGAUGGCCCGAUUGUUUCUACAAUCCGUGCGCUUCUGACACCUCAUCCUAUGAAGGAGAUGCGAGUGAAAGGGCAAUACCUUCACCACAAAGAAAUCAAGGCUGCGCAGGGGAUCAAGAUUUCCGCCGAAGGUAUGGAGAAGGCUGUUGCAGGGACACAGCUUAUGGUCGUACAGGACCCGACCAGCGAAGUUGAAAUGGAGUAUUGUCGAGAUGAAGUCAUGAAGGAUUUCCAGACGAUCUUGACAGACGUGGACAAAUCGGGGAAGGGAGUGUAUGUUCAGGCAUCCACGCUUGGUUCAUUAGAGGCUCUACUAGAAUUCCUUCGAAGUUCGAAGAUCCCUGUGUCUGGCAUCAACAUAGGACCAGUUCACAAGAGAGAUGUCACAAAGGCAUCAACCAUGUUGGAGAGGGGGAAAGAGUAUGCAACGAUCCUUGCAUUUGAUGUCGGAGUGGAAAAGGAAGCUCGAGAGCUGGCGGAAGACGCUGGAGUGAGGAUCUUCACUGCAGACAUUAUUUAUCAUUUGUUUGAUCAAUUCACAGCGUACAUGGAACAAAUCAAAAAAGAUCGGCGAGAACAAGUGAGUGAUGAAGUCGUCUUUCCGAGUAUCAGUAGAAUCCUUCCACAGCAUGUGUACAACAAGAAAGAUCCGAUAGUGGUUGGUGUCGAUGUGUUGGAGGGCAUCCUACGUGUUGGAACUCCUUUGGUUGUGAAACAUGGUGCCGAGUGGCUGGAUAUUGGGCGAGUUGCAAGCUUGGAACUGAGCAAGAAACAGGUAGUGACAGCGAGAAAGGGGGAAAGUGUGGCCGUCAAGAUUCAGCAUAAAAACACAGAACACAUAAUGUACGGGCGGCACUUUGAUUUUCAAGACGUCCUAGUCAGCAAAAUGAGUCGACCUGCAAUUGAGAUAUUGAAGCAAAGUUUCAAGGAAGACCUGGGCAGAGAAGACUGGCUUUUAGUCGUCAAGCUGAAAAAGAUGUUCGAUAUCAUCUAG